UCAUUGCGGGCACUGCUGUUGCUGCGCUUCUGUUGCUGCUGCGGAUUCCUCUCCCUCCCACCCGAUCCUUCCAUUUCUAUUUGUUUCUCCCCUCUUCUCCUGCCGUGAUUGCAGCCUCUCCGGGGCGGCACAUGGCAUGUCUGAUGGCAGCUUUCUCCGUGGGCUCCGUUCUGAAUGCCAGUAAUUCUUCAUCUACUAUGCCUGAGCCAAAGUCAAUAUGUGUUUCAGUAGAUGAGGUGGUCUCUGGUGGUACAGACACACAAGAGGUUCAUUUGCUCAGUGGCCAUUUAAAGAAGAUGGACAAUGUUUUGACAGAAGCCCACCAUUUUUCCUACCUUCCUCGGAGACCAGCUGUGAACAUUGAGUUUAAAGACCUCUCCUAUGCUAUACCAGAGGGACCCUGGUGGAACAAGAAGGGUUUCAAGACUUUGCUGAAAGGAAUUUCUGGAAAGUUCAGUAGUGGAGAACUGGUGGCAAUUAUGGGUCCUUCUGGAGCUGGGAAGUCAACACUUAUGAAUCUUCUGGCAGGAUACAGGGAGACUGGGAUGAAAGGAGAGAUUCUCAUCAAUGGACAACAUCGUGAUUUGCGUUCUUUCCGCAAAGUGUCUUGUUACAUUAUGCAAGAUGACAUGCUGCUUCCACAUCUUACUGUCCAAGAAGCUAUGAUGGUGUCUGCUCAUCUGAAACUUCAAGAAAAAGAUGAAGGCAGGAGAGAAAUGGUGAAUGAGAUCCUGACAGCUUUGGGUUUGCUGUCAUGUGCCAGUACUCGUACUGGAAGCCUUUCGGGAGGGCAGAGAAAGCGUCUCGCGAUUGCUUUGGAACUGGUGAACAACCCACCAGUUAUGUUUUUUGAUGAACCUACCAGUGGCCUAGACAGUGCAUCUUGCUUUCAGGUUGUCUCUCUGAUGAAGGCUUUAGCCCAGGGUGGCCGGUCCAUCAUCUGCACUAUCCAUCAGCCUAGCGCCAAACUCUUUGAACUCUUUGAUCAGCUCUAUGUCUUGAGCCAAGGCCAGUGCAUUUAUCGUGGGAAAGUAUUAAACUUAGUCCCUUAUUUGAGAGAUUUGGGUUUAAAUUGUCCAACAUAUCACAAUCCAGCAGAUUUUGUGAUUGAAGUUGCCUCUGGUGAAUAUGGAGACCAGAAUAGUAGGCUUGUGAAAGCUGUGCAAGAGGGAAUGUGUGAUGAAGAUUACAAGAGAAACUCUGAAGGAGAAAAUGAACUUAACCCCUUUUUAUGGCACAGACCAUCAGAGGAGGAUUCUUCAUCCAUGGAAGGCUGUCAUAGCUUCUCAGCCAGCUGUCUUACUCAGUUUUGCAUUCUGUUUAAAAGAACCUUUCUCACCAUAAUGAGGGAUUCAGUCCUGACACAUCUGCGGGUGACAUCACACAUUGGAAUUGGACUUCUGAUAGGCUUGCUGUAUUUGGGGAUUGGAAAUGAAGCAAAGAAAGUCCUGAGCAAUUCUGGCUUCCUCUUCUUUUCCAUGUUGUUCCUUAUGUUUGCUGCUCUCAUGCCAACGGUCCUUACAUUUCCUCUUGAGAUGAGCGUAUUUCUUAGGGAACAUCUGAAUUAUUGGUACAGUCUGAAGGCUUAUUACUUGGCUAAAACUGUGGCUGAUGUCCCUUUUCAGAUUAUGUUUCCUGUGGCGUACUGCAGCAUUGUGUACUGGAUGACAGCACAGCCUUCUGAUGCUCUGCGAUUUGUCCUGUUUGCAGCACUGGGGACCAUGACAUCACUUGUGGCUCAGUCCCUUGGACUUUUGAUUGGAGCAGCAUCCACCUCCCUUCAGGUGGCAACAUUUGUUGGUCCUGUUACAGCAAUCCCAGUUCUUCUCUUCUCAGGCUUCUUCGUCAGUUUUGAUACCAUUCCUGCUUAUCUCCAAUGGAUGUCCUACAUCUCUUAUGUCAGGUAUGGAUUUGAAGGUGUCAUUCUUUCCAUCUAUGGUUUGGAUCGAGAAGAUCUUCACUGUGACAAAGAUGACACUUGCCAUUUUCAGAAAUCAGAGGCUAUCCUCAAAGAAUUAGAUGUAGAAAAUGCUAAACUUUAUUUGGACUUCAUUGUGCUUGGAAUUUUCUUCAUCUCCUUACGUCUCAUUGCCUAUUUUGUUCUCAGAUACAAAAUUCGAGCUGAGAGAUAGAACAAAUGUGAUAACAUGCAGUUCUAGACUGUUGUUUUUUGGUUGUGGCUGAUGAGUUUUCAAAGCUCAGUUGCAAACCAUGUUAUUAGCUGGCCCCUAGAAGAACUAGAAUUCUUGUUUCAGUUCUGAAAAAUGUCACUGCUGAUCCCAAGGGUUUCCUCUCCUGGAAAUUGUAUUUUUUCUAAGGUAGUUGUAGUUCUGGCAACAAGAUAGAAAAUGUCUGUCUGUUAUUAUAUGUGGAAAAACAAGAAAUGUUGCAUCACCACUUCCUGCUGCAUCUUACCAGUGUUUUCCCCACAAGAAAUUCCACAGCAGUCUACAUAUUUUUCCAGUUUUAUGAAAAGGUGCCACUUUAAACUGAAUGCUUAAAAAUAAAGAAGAUGAUAAAUUUGGUAUUGGUUCUCCUUAAUACCCAGUUUUGGAUCUUUAAUCAUAUGAGCUGGUCUCAUGCACCAAAUUUUACUAUUAUCUCAUAUUCCAGUGAAUGAUGUAGAAAAAGAUUGAAAAUGCAAGAUGAAUACCCAGCUCCUUACUCCUAGCGUUCUGCUUUUAUAGAGUCUUUUCCUGUGGAAUUUCAAAUACUCAUUGUAUGUUUUAUCUACUUUCUGUGAAUGCAAAACCCCAAAGAAAGCAAAAUGGAAACCAAUCUCACAGCCUGUUUGAAUACUCUAGCAUAUUUUAAUAACACAUAUUCUAAAAAGAGAAAGGACUGUCAGUAGUUUGGUGUUUUGUAUGGUGAAUGCUUAAGGACUUAGUAGAAAGGUCGCUGUGAUACAUAUGUGCCCCCCCCCAGCUUUGAUUAGACAUAAUACUGUGUACAACAAGACUCAUCAAUUCUGUUUUUUUACCAGUUUUGACUUUUUCUAAAAGAAAUGCAAAUCAUACUACCUUCACAUUCCAGCAAAGCUAGUGAUUUCAAACCCAUUGAUAGACAGUUUAUAUUUCCCUCAUU